ACAGCUUUAUCCAAAAAAGAAAAGGUCCACAAGACUAAAACUUGUGGUGUAGUGGUAAUGACACCCAAGGCCUUCCCCUGAUAUGUGAUUUGUUGGGGUUCAUCCAGUUAAAGGGAUGAUCAAAGCUCUGAAGCUCUUUCCCAUUAAAAGGCAGCAGUACAAUGCUGGCUGUCAGGAGGACUUAAAGUUAUUUAAAAAAAGAUAUGUAUCAUCUCCACCUUAUUCACAAAUAUUCUAAGGUUAUCAUGCAGGGGUCUGGAAAAAAGCCACAUUAAAAAAAGAUUAUUUUGAAUUUCACUUUUUCAUAGUGACAGAUUUUCAACAUCUACAAAUUUCUGUCAGUUGGCUUAUUAUCCCUACAUUUUUUUGUCAUGGAAAUACUGUUUGGAGAAAGUCCAUUUCUGGCAAAUAACAUGGUGAGAACAAGCCAGCUGAGCCACCCUCUCACGGUGCUCCAGACUCCCGAAUCGUAGACUUGUGAGUAAAUAACCGAUUCUAGUGGAAUGCCGCAGUCAGCACAUGAAGUCACAACAACUUGGACUUGAAGGUGUCCUCAUUCAUGGCUGGCCAGGUGCUGCUGCUGUCUGUGGGUCUGUCUGUGGGGCUGCUGACGUUGUUGCUGCUGAUUCUGAUGGUGUGUUGCUUGUGGAAGAGAAAACAGAAGAAGAAGCAGCAGAGUCAGUACCUGAAGUUGCUCUCUACUGUACCCUCAGUACCAGCGUGUUCUGCUCCAGUAAUCCCGGUGUCUCAGGGCUUACUGGCUUCAACCUGCCAAAUCCCUUUCACUUUACCUCCUCGUUUUGUCACACAAAACAAUGGGGAGCUACGGAACGAUGAGAGCGAAAACAAAGCAGAGAUGGAAGGAGUGAAGACCGAAGCCUGGCGGAACAUUCUGGCUCAUCGAGGGUCCCUCUCAGUGAGAAGUUGGUACCCGGUGGGGUCAGUGCUGGCUGGCCUCUACUCCACCACCCCCCUGAACGAGGUGGUGGCCCCACCUCCGGGCCUGGCCACGCGCCUGUGCUUCUCUGCGGAAUACCGACACAGCAGCGAACAACUCGUGGUCUCCCUACUCCGUCUCAGCAACCUCCCUCCCCGUUUCCACGGAAACGUGACCCUGGUGGAGCUCCGGCUUCUCCCCGAUGACCGGCGGCCCCGCCAGGCCAAGGCCCGCAGAACGGGCCCCGACCCGGACGUGGGGAAGGACGGGAAAAGACACGCCGUGGGUCGGGUCCUGUUUCCCCUGGAGGGGGAGCUGGCUCAUGCUGGCAGGGUGCUCUGGAGAGACCUGGAGCCCGAGGAGGACACACAGUGUUCGGAGGUGGGGGACAUGCUGAUAUCUCUCAGCUACAGUUCAUCUCUGCAGCGUCUCUCAGUGGUGGUUUUAAAAGCUCGGGGCCUCCAGCUGCUCACCGGAGCAGGUAUGAGCAGUAUGAGGUGUGAGCUCGUGGAUGAAACUCCCCCCACCGGGCCGAGCCUCCGUGUGGUCACGCAGCACCUGGCCCGUGCUCCCCAGAUAAAGCGCAGCUGUGUGGUGAGAAGCGAGGCGGAGCCCGUGUUCAACCACCGGAUGACUUUUAAGCUACGGCCGCAGCACCUGGACGAGGCCUGUCUGAGGUUUGAGCUGCAGCAGCCCAACGACAGCCGCUCAGAACCGCCGGUCCUGCUUGGAGCGCUGGUGUUGGGUCCCUUCAUGUAUGCCAGGGGUCUUCAGCUGCAGCACUGGAUGGACAUGGUCAACGCGGCAGAACAGCCGAUCAAACUGUGGCACGGACUCGAGGAGCCCUGCCUUGUUUCUGCGCUUCCCAAUAUUGCCCAGCAGAUGGCGCCCUUCAGCUGUACAACAAUCGACGCAUGCGCGGCGACCUCCUUUGAUUGCGGAAGUCCCGAAUACCACGAAUGGAUGAAGUCUCCUGAGCUGCAGCAGCUGACCGCUUCAGAGCCGCUGACCCUGGACCAGGAGUACGACAUGCAGAGGAGCUGGAGGGAAGACGACGACAAGUGCACAUUCAUCAUCCUGGACAAGCAGUGGUUGGCAGACGCCAGCGUCCAGGAGGAGCAGUGCAUGGUGGGAGACGUCAACAUCUUCCUGACUGACCCCACAGAUCCGUCCUUGGCUGAGCUGGAGAUCAUGAUAGCAGAGCCGAGUUACAGAGGAAAGGGCAUUGGGAAGGAAGUGACUCGCAUGAUGAUGUGCUACGGGAUCGACAAACUCGGGGUUAAAAAGUUUCAAGCAAAAAUCGGACUGGACAACCAAGUCAGCAUUGCCAUGUUCAAGAAGCUGCACUUCCAAGAGGUGUCGGUGUGUAAAGUUUUCAAAGAGGUGACCCUGGAGUUUCUGGUGGACGAGUCCAGUCUGAAGAAGCUGCAGGAGCAUGUGAUCCACAUGAAGGAAAGAGACUACAGACAGGCCUGCGGCGUCAGACGGGACGUGCACUCACAGUGAGCCGCGGCGCUGAGCUGCUGGCUAACCCUUAAAGACUCUGUGGACAGUUAUCACGUUAUACCUGCGUUUGAUCCUGUGUGAAAAGCAUCAAAGCGGUCCUGAGUAAGAGUUCUCAAGGCUUUCUGAAGGUCUUUUGCAGCUUUUCUGCACACAUAGGCUGCAUUUUUCUCUUCUCUUUCUCAUUUUCAGAAGAAGGAGCUGUUGUUUUUUUCAAUUUCAGCCACUUAACCUGGACUUUUGUUUUUCAAUUAUGCAAAAAUAACAUAACUCAAGGAAGUAACCAGUGUUAAAUCAUUGGAAGGUGGCUGCUGAGAAGCCUUUUUGUAAUGAAUGGAAACCUGGUUAGGAGGCAGAGUAUUGCCAAAUAACUCAAGACGUGGGCUGAAAAGCAGAGGUAAUAGUUCUGAUGGAGGGAGGAAUCCCCUGCAUAGCUAAAACCUCAACUUUACUAAGGCAGAGAGGGAGAAAAGGCAGCCAACAUCCAAAGAGGAGCUUUGGAAUGUUUUUCAAGAAGCCUGGAGAGCUGUUCACUGCCAGAGGAUUUAUUCAUCCAAAGUGGGAAAUCAAAUGGCUGUGGUAUAAAUGGUCAUUAAAGAGAAUUUUUAUUAAUGGAUGAUGAAAUGAGUGAUUGUCUGGCAAACAUUUACAAACUUGAAAGAUCUGAUGUAACCCUUAAGAAUAACCGUGAGUGGGAUUUUUUUUGGUAGUUAACAUGUCCGAGUCUAUGGAAUCUAAAGCAUUUAAAACCGACAAACAUUUGUUUUCUCGCUCUAAACAUGUUGAAAAUGAUUUGUCAUUUUUUAAUGACAAAUCUUGGCAGAAGAAGCGUUUCCAUUUUCUCAUUCACAAAAAGUAAUCAGAUUGAAAGUGGCACAUUAUACAGCAAACAUAUUUGGUUCAUAUUUCUCCUAAGUGCCUCAUUACCCUGCUGCUUGUCUCCUAAUUUUAUUUGAAACCAGAAGGCUGGAGGUAAAUGUUGAAGCUUUAAGGCUUGAUCUUCUACAAAUUGCACUCAUGAUGUGUUUUCUUGCACAAAUUGACAUCAUUUUGGGACUCUGGAUGAUAAAUGUCUUCAAACCCUGGCAGCAUUUUCAUGAUCAAGCCCCUUGGAGGAAGUUGUCACAUUUGGUAAAACAAUUCAAUAUUAAUUUAGCAGGUCAUCAUUGCAAGUUGGAGCUUUGUCACGGAGCAUUUUUACAGCGUCAUCGAGGUGUCAUUUUGUCAUUUUGAUGACUCAUUCCUGAACAUCACUUAAACCCGAUCAUCCCCUUUCCAUUUGUAUCUGCCUUUCAGGUCGCUCUCAAAGGUUUCUCUGAUGUUUACUUUCGUUCUGCGGUAAUUUCCAGUUUCUCUGCUAAAUUCAGCAUUAGAUGACAUUUUAAUUGGAUCAAUAGUGAUUGUGGCAACAGGCUCACACGGACUGCUUCUGCUGCUUUAAUGGGCAUUUUACGUUCUCAUCUUUCAUUUCUAAAACAAGCUCGUUCACAGUUAGGUUUAUUAUCGGUGAUAAUCAGGAAAUGGCCGUUUCUCCGUCACAGAAAUGGCUCUCUUUGCCAUUUUAUGGUCAUCUAUGUUUACACUGUGCAGCUCAUCUCUUACAGCUGUUAAGCGUUUAAAUGGAUGCAGAUCUCUAAGUCAUAUAUAGUUCAAAAUGGGACAUUUUUUCAUCUGAUAAGUUUUUAUAUGAAUAAAAUGUCUGCG